UUUGAAGCAGAGAUGUCAGAAAUAAGAACCUUGGCGUUUUGGAGGGCUGUGGCUGCAGAAUUUGUUGGUAUGUUGCUGUUUAUAUUCAUUGGUUUAUCAGCUAUCAUCGGGAAAGAUAACCUUGAUGUAAAGGAGAACGCUCAGGAUCUUGCUCAGGAGCUGAAGGUCUCGCUGGCCUUUGCGUUGGCCAUCGCCACGCUGGUCCAGAGUUUGGGGCACAUCAGUGGAGCACACCUGAACCCAGCAGUCACUUUGGGCCUGCUGGUCAGCUCCCAGAUCAGUAUCCUCAGAUGUGUGUGCUACAUCCUGGCUCAGAUGCUUGGGGCAGUUGCAGCAAGUGCUAUUGUGAAUGGAUAUAGCCACCCAGAAUCCCUUGGUGUUAACCAGCUAAAUAAAGUGACUGCAGGACAAGGGUUUGUCAUCGAGUUCCUUGCCACCUUUCAGCUGGUUCUGUGUGUGCUAGCUGUGACUGAUAAGCGACAGACUAAUGUUAAAGGCUUUGCACCGCUGGCUAUUGGGCUGUCAGUGGGACUCGGGCACUUUGCAGCUAUAAGUUUCACUGGAUGUGGGAUCAAUCCUGCGCGCUCCUUUGGACCAGCUUUGAUACGUAGACAAAUGCAGAACCACUGGAUCUACUGGCUGGGGCCAAUGUGCGGCGGAAUAGCAGCAGCUCUCAUCUACGAUUUCCUUCUGUGUCCAAGAGUGCCAGAUUUCAGAACGCGAAGGAACGUCCUGCUUCAUGGUACAGAAAAUGAAAACGAAACAGCUGAAAUAACUGGAGAAGACAACAGCAGCCCAGGGCCGAGUCAGUGGCCGAAACACUGAACAGCAUGCAACAGUUCAGCUUUUCUAUCUGUCAGCGCAUUAAUAUAUGACAAGCGAUCUGUAAAUAUGCUUUAAAAUGGCUAUUGCUUGUAUUUGUUUGUUUUGCAGUGUGUUUUUAUAAUUGUCUUUUUUUCACCGGUGAGUGUCUUGUAAUAAAGAUCCCUUUCCGUUCAGUUCCAGGGUUUUC